CCUCCCCCAUCGAAUCUUGGAUGUCUAAGAUAAGCGCUGGCUGUUUGUUCGGUGAGCUCCGUCUUUAUGUUGUGUUAUAAACGAAGCAGUUAUUUUUACGAAGUGAAGAGCUAAUUUUCCACGCACAAGAAAGCAAGGCCGAUGGGCGACAACCGGAAUUUGUUCGAUGGGCAAAACCCGGCCCUGGUCAUUUACACCUUCCUUCAAACGGACUGUAGGAGCUCAGAGUACAGCAAGGAGCUUCUCUCUCUGCGCAACGAACUCGCUUCUCAGGGCAAGGAGUUCAGUCUGACCCGGGACAUCAACUGCAAUGGUCCCAGGACUGACGAACAGGUCGACGGUGACAUUGAACCCGAUGGUCACCAGCCCCGGGAUACCUCAGUUUUUCUGAAUGAUAUUGUGCCUUCAGUGGAACUGCUGUUCCCUGAGAACCAGGGAGAUGCAGCAGAGAUUCACCGGGUUGCAGAGGAGCUUAGAGAUAUUGCAGCCUACCUCGAGGACAGAGUUGUGGCUCAGGCUACCAGGAACCUGAGCAGGAACAUAUCAUAUUUUCCCUCUGAACACUGGGAAGUCUACCUCAAUCGUGAGGUGACAAAGCUUAUGCAGCAUGUCGUGGGUCUGGAGCAUCUAUCCCAGGAGCGAAUCAUAUUAGCCCUCACUCUCACCCUAGUGAAAGGAGUGUGCGAGCAGACCCCACGUUUUCUGAGGAGGCUCUUCAGCACCAUGCUGCAGUACAUCUUCCCUGCAGGGUCCAGGUGACUUUUGAGCUACAAGCUGGGAGGAAAUAACAAAGAAAUAUGUGGUAGAAGACAGCUGAAUCUGAAACUGGCAUCUGCUCCUCAUGACCAGUCCGCUGUGAAGGGAGCGGCAGUGAAAACAAACUUGGGGAAAGUGAUUAUUAAUCAUUUAAUUUUCACAUUUUGAAGACAGGAGAACGAAAGAUGGAUCUGUGACACUUAAACUUAUUAAUUACUUUAUGUUCUUUGAAUAUUGAUUCAUCUGUUUACUCUCACUUAAAAGUGUAUCUUGUCAUUGUUUACUUGAAGAUCAUCUUUUUUGUUUUUUUUUGUAUUCAAUUAUUUUUCUUUUGGAAUAAAUGAGAAGUGCCAACAUACUGUGAAACUGGAAUAAAUAUACAGCACUUAAGUUUACUUUCAGUCUUAAAAUAAAUGCUUUGAGAUUGUAUUUUAAAUUCUAUAAACAUUAAGUUUGUAAAAGUGAAACUGAAACACUUUGGCAUUUUAACUAACCACCACAGAAAGCUUCUCAAAUACUUUAAUCUUUUUAUUGUUCUCUUUUCAAACAAUGUAUUUUAGGAAAGUCAAGGUACAAAGUGUCAUGGUUGAGACCUUUUGACAUGUGUCCUGCUCUGUACUUCAACAGUUUCCCUUUGAAAGCAGGUAUAAUUUGAGUCAAUGGGUAUUGCAUUGUGCAAAACUGAGAUGUGUGGAAACAUCCUUUUUUUUUAAAUCAAAGAAUCUGGUAAGAGUUUGUCACCUUCUUAAUUAUCAGGUAUGAAAGGGUACCAACGAAAUGACACGUUUCUAGAAGGAAGGAUAAUUAGUUUUUCAUCUUACAUAGUAGGCCAGGGGACAUUCCACCAGAGCAGUUUACACUUCCUGUUUUCUGAACUUCUCAGACCUGCAGGGAUCUGGUUAGCGUGGUGAUAUACUCAUGCAAAAAUCAGAACAAGAGGCCAAGUGUGUCUAAAUUUUUUUGUUUCAGUAACUUCAAAUCUUUGUAACAGCAUCCUCUAUGGUAUAUGUGACAGGUUGAUGCUGUUUUCACUGUUGCUGAAGAACCGACUGUUGCAUUUAAUACCUCACAGUGGACCACAACCUCAAACAAGUUACCUCGAGGCUGUGGAGUUAGUAUCCUAGUUAGAAAAAACAGUGGCAGGUUCACAUGUCAUUGGUAAAUUGUCGAGUGCAGUGCAGUGCAGUGCAGUGGAGCAGUAAUAGAAACAGAACAGGGUGAAAUACUGAAGACUAAAAACACCGGGCUGAAAAGGUGAUUUCUGAGAAGGGAAGUUGCCCAUCCAGUAACCAAUGAAAUAGCUUUUCAUUAAAGGGAAGACUGAAUUCAUGUGCAGCAGUCACAUUACUGCUUCUCUCCUUAUCUACAGUAAUACUGCUCACUUUGGCAUGGUAAGCAUAAGCAAUGGCUGACAUUUUCCUGUUAAGUGCAAACAAACCGCAGUGCAGUUUACACAUGGCCAACCCAAAAACCAAGGUAUCUUUAAAAAAUGACUGUAUGACACCUUAUACUG